CUUUGUGACACGCAGGAACAAGCGCCUCCCUCUGACCGUCUCAUAACAACAGCUGGCAUCUCCCAGAGACUGCUGAGAGCUAGCCGAGCUCGGAUACUCAUCUGCCUGGCUUUCUGCUGAGUUUUCGCCGCCGCUGCGCCUCCAGCUUCCCACUGUCAGAGUCUAGCAGCACCGUAGGAAAACACCUCAUUCUCCUACUUGGACACAGCUCACAGCGCAUGCUCAGACUAACGGACGGCCCCAUUGAUUUUAUUCAGGAACUCGGAGACUCUGACACAUUUAAAAGAUGAUGACUUCAUGGAGUGACAGAUUGCAAAACUAUGCAGACCUGCCAGCCAAUAUGGACGGCGUAGCCAUGAAGAAGUACAGGAGGGAGCCCUACCACAGAAUCUUCGUCAAUAGAAGCUUGGCAAUGGAGAAAAUCAAGUGCUUUGGUUUCGAUAUGGAUUACACUUUAGCGGUCUACAAGUCACCUGAGUACGAGUCGCUGGGCUUUGAGCUGACGGUGGAGAGGCUGGUGUCCAUYGGUUAUCCCCAGGAGCUGCUCAGCUUCGUCUACGAUCCUUCAUUUCCCACCAGAGGCCUUGUGUUUGAUACCAUGUAUGGAAACCUACUGAAGGUUGAUGCUUAUGGCAACAUCCUGGUUUGUGUCCACGGGUUUAACUUCCUCCGAGGUCCUGAUAUCCGUGAACGAUACCCCAACAAGUUUAUCCAGAGGGAUGACACAGAGCGCUUUUAUAUCCUUAACACACUCUUCAACCUGCCAGAAACAUAUCUUUUUGCUUGUCUUGUGGACUUCUUCUCCAACUGUGACCGAUACACAAGCUGUGAAACGGGCUUCAAGGACGGYGACCUCUUCAUGUCCUACAAGAGCAUGUUCCAGGACGUUCGGGACGCGGUGGACUGGGUUCACUUCAAGGGAACGCUGAAGGAGAAAACUGUGGAAAACCUGGAGAAGUACGUAGUGAGAGAUGGGAAGCUCCCACUUCUCCUGAGCCGGAUGAAUGAAGUGGCCAAGGUUUUCCUGGCUACCAACAGCGACUACAAAUACACGGACAAAAUCAUGACUUACCUGUUUGACUUCCCCCACGGCCCCAAGCCCGGCACCGCUCACAAGCCCUGGCAGUCCUACUUCGACCUGAUCCUGGUGGACGCCAGGAAGCCCGUCUUCUUCGGGGAGGGAACCGUUCUCAGACAGGUCGACACGACCACAGGACGUCUAAAGAUYGGAACCUACACAGGACCUCUGCAGCACGGCAUAGUGUACUCAGGAGGUUCCUCAGACAUUGUGUGCGACCUGCUGGGGGCCAAAGGGAAGGACAUUCUGUACAUCGGGGACCACAUCUUCGGAGACAUCCUCAAGUCUAAGAAGCGUCAGGGCUGGAGGACGUUCCUGGUGAUUCCUGAGCUGGCCCAGGAGCUGCACGUUUGGACCGACAAGAGCUCGCUAUUCGAGGAACUUCAAAGCCUGGACGUUUUCUUGGCAGAGCUGUACAAACAUCUGGACAGCAGCAGCAACGAGAGGCCCGACAUCAGCACUAUUCAGAGACGAGUCAAGAAAGUCACGCACGACAUGGACAUGUGCUACGGAAUGAUGGGGAGCCUUUUCCGCAGCGGCUCCAGACAGACUCUGUUCGCCUCCCAGGUGAUGCGUUACGCCGACCUGUACGCCGCCUCCUUCAUCAACCUGCUGUACUACCCCUUCAGCUACCUGUUCAGAGCUGCGCACGUGCUGAUGCCUCACGAGUCAACGGUCGAGCACGCCCACGUGGACAUCGACGUGGAGUCGCCGCUGGCCACRCGCAACCGCACCCAGUGCAACGACUGCAAGGACCUGGAGUGCAGACGCAACCACCUGACCCGCUCCUUCAGCGAGAUCAAGCCUCCCAACCUGUUCCCCCAGACGCCCCAGGAGAUCACGCACUGCCACGAUGAGGAUGACGACGAGGAGGAGGAAGAGUAAUAAAACACCCUGCAGAGUUGAGCCAUGUUCCUGUUCCCCGUCGCCUUACGUUUCCUCAUAGAGUCGAAUGGUGAUCUCCAGACGGGAAGGAGAAACGCCUCCUGUGUGCGUUUGUGUGUACUUGCAUUUACUGUCRAUGUAAAUCAAUGCACAUGGACACACACACACACRCACACRCACACACRCACACACACUCGGGAGAUUUCUAACAAAAAAAAAUAUUCGAAGGACCAUUAGGAGGAAGAGAUCACACACGUCUGUCAGAAGAAUAACAYGCAUGCUCGACUCUUGAAACGGGGAAAAAAAAAGCCACCCUGAGCAAUCAUCUCAUGAAAUGCUAGUUUUUAAMGUAUUUUUAUAACCAAAUAAUGUUUACGCUGUAAUCCUGCAAAUACGGUUGUUAUGCUAUACCUCUAACUACGAGACAAGCUAACAGGGAAUGCGCGGGAAAAUCGUCUUGACUGUUGAAAACAGACAUUUUCCUGCUGUUUGGGAACAACGUUUUUAAUCCGUCUCGCUUGUUUUCUAACUCAUGCAUGAAGAACUGAAUCUUCCCCGCGGGCAGUAGGGAUCGGUUUUCCUAAACCUCAGGAUCUCGAUGUGCGUCAGGUUCAGUGGGGAGUUGAGGACGUAGUACUGUAGUCUCUGSAGGAGCCCUGACAUACUGUAGURGUUACGUAACUCGCCACAUGGCAAACGACUUGUUAUAGCUGCGUCACAACAAGCAGGCCGACCCARACCGUUUCAUUUUAGUUUCAAGAUGAAGUUUGAACGUUGUAUCGGGGAUGUUGAUGAGAAAUGGACUCGCUUGGAGUGAAGGGAUUUCUUUUUCUUUUCUUUUCUUUUUUUUUUUUUUUUAAGGUGCCCAUAUGUGAAGUUCUUCAGUGUAUGAAGGUGUUUUUAGGGUGUUUUUAUCGUCACAUAUGCAGAGUCCUCAGCAUCAGUUAUCAAAGGAAACGUGCAGGCGGUGUGUGUACAGUAACCCUCUGUCUGCCUAGUAACACUGUGAUCAUUAGAGUUAAAGCUGUGGUACUUGAUUUUAAUUUAAAAAAAAAAAA